AUGGCUGAACAGCAUCGAGAGUCACCAAGCCCUGCCAGCGCGGUUGAUAUCGAGAAGAGUGACAACACUGCUACUCAUAAAGAAUGGGCUGAACGUUCCAAUAGUGUCUCUCAGGAAGGAGAACCUGUUGUGACGCUGAAGACAUGGCUUGUGGUUGUGGUUCUCUCUCCAUCAUACGGCAUCUCGUUCUGGCCUGUGCCAUUCUUCAGUCAGAUUCAGAACCAGAUGUCCGCGUCGUUUGGUUCGGAACCGACUAUGGGAACAUGGGUCACAUCCGUAUACAGCAUUGCUGGUACGAUCGCAUUUAUGGUCUGUGGCGCCAACAGCGAUCUCUUUGGUCGGCGGUACUUCAUCCUGCUCGGCAACGUCCUUGUGAUUAUCGGAUCAAUCUUAGGAGCAACAUCGCAUCAUAUUGGACAAACUAUCGCCGCACAUGUGUUACUGGGUUUCGGUGGUGGCAACUGUCAGCUGGCUGCUUUUGCGCUGCCUGAGCUGCUACCGAACAAAUGGAGACACUUUGCAGUCGUGAUUGCCGAUGCUCUUGUCUACUUUGACGUUAUUGUAGGUCCUCCCACAGCUCGCAUUGCUGGGGCAGCCAGCGAAUCGGGGGGCUAUGCUGCGUGGCGCUGGGGCUACUGGGGUAUCUUCAUUGCUCAAGUUAUCUCCUUCGGGGUGCUUCUCCCUCUCUACUUCUCACCCAAACAUCCACGAGGAAUUCCUUGGAGCCAGGCCAUGAGAGAGCUCGACUACGUCGGCAUUGUGUCCUUCACUGGUGCUGCUGCAAUGAUCUUAUCUGGUAUUGUCUAUGUUCAGCUCUUGCCGUCCGACAAUCCGAUUGUGAUUGGCCUGCUGGUCUUCUUUUGCCUAUGGGAAACUUUCAUGCCGCUGAAGCAGCCGUUAGCGCCAACCCGCAUGUUCACUGCGAACACAGGACGAGCCCUUACCGCGCCAUUCAUCGUUGGCUUCGUCGUCACUAUGUUUUACUACGGUAGCAACAUUAGUUGGCCCACCAUGGUCGAGGUCUACUUCACAACACCGACGACGCCCCCUCAUAUUGUAUAUCUUCUCGCGACUGUCCAAGGCUUUGGUAUAUUCACCGGAGCAAUGAUACUAUCUUUCGGCGGCAACUACUUUGGGCACUGGAAGUGGCAGAUGGGAGUCCCAAUUACGAUCAUGACCUUCUUCGGUGGUCUGCUAGCCUACAUUACUCCCCAAAGGGAAGGAAUGGCGAUUGCGUUCGUGUUUCUAAGCGCUGCUGGCUAUGGCUAUGGGCAGUAUCUGUCCAUCGCCUAUAUCCAAUUCGGCGCAGAUCAAGAAGAGCUUGGAAUAUCUGGUGGCCUAUCUGGCGUUGCCCGAUACGCCGGUGGAGCCUUCGCUGUGACGACUUUUGCGACGAUUUUGAGCACGACUCAAACGAAAUAUGCUGUAAACCACGUCAUUCCUGCAGCAGAAGCAGCGGGUGCUACGCCUCAGGUCGCCGAAGCAGUCCUCGAGGCCCUUCCCUUAGGAACCGCUACUCUAGAGAAGGUUCAGGGCUUAACGACUGCAAUUGCUCAGGCGGCUGGUGCUGCUUAUGUGCAGAGCUACGUUCAUGGCGUGAAGAUCGUUGCCCUUGCUUCGAUUGGCUUUGGUGGCCUGGCGAUUAUUGCUUGUUUCUUCUUGGAGGAUAUCGGUCCCAAGAUGAAUCCAAAGAUCGAGGUGUACUUGGAAAACGACGUCCAAGCUGAGAAGAACAAGUACCACUGA